AUGUUUUUGUUCGAAAUUCCUUCACAAUACCUGAUCAUCGAUCCAUCGUAUCUGCCAAACGAAAGUUUACGCUUCUUCCACAUUGAUCCUCACUGGGUCGACGCCCUCAUCGAUGGGGCCUUGAGCAUCGCCAAUCACAUUAACAAAGACGACGAUACUCUGCGUCAGAUUCUGAAAGGCGCCUUCAACGCAUAUUUUGCAACGAUUGAUCCUGAUACUGACUAUCGACCGCAAAUCCCGACAUAUGGCUGCUUCCUGCGCUCUGGUCUGGUUAGGGACUUCCCUGACAUGCAUGUCGUCGCUCUCUGUCGAGAAGACGUCCCCCCCAUGUCUGCCAAGGAAAUGAAGCGUCAUGAAAGAGCUCCUAUCUUACGCCAGGAGUGCCUUGCUGGAGACAUGCUGCUUUGCCUGUUCGACCGCAUCCCAAGCAACCCACUCGCGUCUUGCAUGCUCAACGCCAUUAUGAUUGCGUCAAAUAUCCCCGCCAUCUAUUGCUACUUUCUGGGACCUUCUAUCGCUUUCGGUGCCAACUUCCACCACGCUUGCUCAACUGCCAUCAUUGUUGAGCCGCCACCAACUGUUCUUACAUAUAUACAAGCCAUGGGCAGGCUCUUUCGAGUUGAACAGAGAGAGUACGUCUACAUAAUCGAUCUCCACCUGCAAUUCUUCUACGACUCUUUUCUGGAGGCAUCGAAUCUGGAGAAACACGCCCACACGCUGGCAACACAGACCGAUAUUGAUGUCCGAAUCAAGGGUGACUACGACUUGUAUUAUACCCGACUCCGAGUGACAUGGGACAAAAUGUACCACCCUCUUAUUGCUCGUGAGGGGCUGUUCUACUCUGCACUGGCCCAAUUUUCCAUGGAGAACCCAGAUCACGUUCAACAUCUGGAAACGAAGGGCAAAACCGCCCACAUUGCGGCAUCUUGGAUCCCUGGGUCCGAGUUGACGAAGGAGCACGUUGAUGGGCUUCUCCCGAGCCUAGGCGAGGCGGGCGCGAAGCUUUACAACUUUGUGAUGGAUGAUGAGGAGUGA